AUGAGUAGUUAUGCAGGUAGGUAUAAUAGGAUUACAUAAAUAAUAUUCAAAACUGCGUUUUUCGUUACUUAAUGACAAUCAUAUAGUCAGUUAGCACAGCAUCAAGUGCACAUUUCAUUUUAAUACCAUGCAUAUCAAAAUACUUUUAUGUUGAUUAUUGAACAAAAUAAUAUUAAUUUACAUUUACAGACUUUAUUUAAAACAUUUAUUUUUUUAAAUUAUAAAUUAUAAAAUAAUAUAGUAUAAGGUUGAAUGUUGAGUGUAACUUCUCUAUAUGUUUUGUUUAGGGGACAGACAUUUAGAAUUGCUACAUGAAACAUGACCUAUUUUAUUAUAAUGUUUCAAUGAGUUUAUAGUUUAAUGUAAAGAAUUGUAAAAAUUACACAAUGUUUUAUAAUGAUAUUAAUUUUUAGAUUAUUUUCAAGCUUGUGGUACAAGAAUAGUGUCUCACCAAUUGAAUCAAAGAGGAUGGCCACAGACUAAAAUUAUUGGAGGAACAUCUACACCGUACGGAGCAUAUCCUUGGCAGGUAAAUCUUAUUUGAUCUUUAUUUAUAAUGUAUAUACAUCUAAUAUAAAGUCAUAUAAUUUUUUUAAAUUCUUUUAAAUAAAAUAAAUUACAUAUGUUUUAUAUAUUUAUAUCUAUGUACCUAUAUUGUAAUUAUUAAGGUUUCGAAUGAUUGAAUUCAAUCAAAGAAUACAAUUUUUCAAUUUGAAUUAUAACUAGAUAUUUCAACAAUUUAAAAAAAGAGCUUUAUAUUAGACCAUAUUAGACCAUACCAACAUUUUAUGGUUUGAGAGUAAAGCACAUAAGGGAAGGCUCAAGCUUCCAGAAAUGCAUGUUUAGAUAACACAUUAAGUUGAUUGUUUACACUUAAUGGUUCAAUUAAAUAUAAUCUGUACCUAUAACUAAUUUAUUAAUUUGACAUAGUAUUGCUAUUUAAAAUUUAAAUUAAUCAUGCAUUAUUAUUCACAUUUAUUUUCUGCAUGAUGUCAGUAAAUAUUACAAUAUUAAUUAAUUAUUUAUUUAUUAUGAUCCAUUUGACUAAUCAAAUAGUAUAUUUUCAUAUUAUUAAAUACAAAUGUUAAAAUUUUUAUUUGUAAAAAUAAAAAUACCUAAGACUAGCUUCAUUAGUGUAAUGCACACUUUCACAAGAAUAUAAAUUUCAAAAGCAUCUAAUAGAUACUUUAGAAGAUUAAUUAAUAUCUAACAGUUAAAAAUGUUAAUUUUAAUACAGUUUCAGUUGCUAUUAACUUUUUGUUUUUGUUAAAAUAAUGUAUAACUAUAAUAUAUUAUAAUGUAUAACCUAAGAAAAGACAUACCUAAUAAAAUAUAAUAUAUACAUAUUAAUAUGGUCUUAUUUAUAAGUAUGAAUUUAAAAAAAAAGACAUUUUUUUAUUAUUCUAUACAAUGUUUAACUAUGUUAAUUUGUCAGUAAAAUUAAACCUAAAUGCACUAAUUAGAUCAUAAUAUGUUUUUAUUUAUUUAAUAUGUCAAAAAAAAUAUACCUAAUAUAAGAUAACAGGGUUAAUAAUAUUUGGUACAGUUAAAACUUUUGCCCAUUCAAGUCAUUGAGGAAAAAUAAAAUCUAACGAUUACCUACACACCAUGGUUAAAUGAGGUGAGAAGGGAUGUUCACUGGAUCACUUUAUAAAUAAAUACUUAGGUGCCUAAUUGAAUACAAUUUAAAUUUGUCUUUGAAUAUUAGUAAGUAUUAAAUUAUUUAUUCGCUGACUUGCAUUCCUUGACAAUAGACAGCAAUUAAUUCUAUUACUUACAGUGCUUACAUUUAACAGUAAUAAUGUAACAAAAAUAACAGAAUUAUAGUAUGCUAUAAACGCGGCUAUUGUUCUACAGUUAUUGAUUGUCAUUACUUAUUAUUAUGUAAAAAUUCAAUAAUUAUUGACGACGAAUGAUGAUAAGUGAUAAAUAUUUUGUAUUAUUCGUACGGUUAUAAUAUCGUUACAGGUGGAAUUACAAGCGUACAAAGGAGGAUGGGAACACCAUUGUGGAGGAGCACUUGUUUCUGAGACUAUAGCUUUGACGGCGGCUCACUGCCUUAAAGACUUGAAAAAAUCGCAAUUGCGUAUUAUUGUCGGCAAACAUAAUUUAGCAAAAAACGACAAACACGAAAAAAUGUAUAGAGUUCAAAAAGCAUUAGUACACCCAGACUUUAGAAAAGGUACCUUAUUAAUAUUUUUUUUAAAAUCGCCAACCAACACGAACUACGUAAUUUAAUUUUGUUUUUCAACUCGACCAAAAUCAAAAUAUUUUCAAGGCGAUCAAUUUAUAAAUACAAAUUACAAUAAUAGGUUUAUUAGUUUAUAGAUAUAUUAUUUUUUUUCUAACUUUAAUGGUUCACCCAUUCGUAUAAAAACGAAAUUUUUACCAAACGAGUAAAUUUUAAAUUUCGAUCAACGCUUUAAUUUUGAUUUAUUUGCCGGUAUAAAUUUUUUAUAACCACCCAAUUACCAAUUGUAAAAUGUAUUGAAAAGAACCUGCAGGUAUCCGCGGGCUCUUAAGAGGACGUUAUACCCGCAUCUACUGUCUCGGUCCAAUUACCGAGUAAUAGGCAAAAACAAUGCUUACACAGAACAAGUAAAACUAGCUUAAUUCUGUUUUUAGUGUAAAAGUACCUAUUGUGAAAUUUAUGGAGAACAAUAUUCUAGGUGUUUUUUGAAUCAAGACCUAUUAAAAACGUUACAGUUAUUUAAAAGAAAAAAAAAGGCUUUUGUAUUUUUUAUAUCGAGCUGUACAUUUUGAAUAAUACAAAAACCCUAUGACAUCCCCUCCGAAAUAUUGUUUUCUUUAAAUUUUAUAAUAGGUACUUUUACUCUAAAAUCAAAAUUAAGCUAGUUUCACUUAUUCUGCGUAAGCAUUGUUUUUCCAUGUUACCCGGUAGUUAGAUUGAGACAGUAAAUGCGGGUAUAACGUCCUCUUAAACAUUACGUUAACUCAUUCGGUAUCAGCGAUAUUAUAGGUAUUAGUGUAUCACCUAUAUUGUACAACAUAUUAUACCACGGCGUAUCAGAGUUCGGCCCCGAGUUGAUAGCUCAUAGUAAUAUCAAAAAUUAUAUUAAUUUAGAAAUUACCCAAUAUUCUGUUACUCGUAGGAACUACAAAAAGACAAAAUAACUCAACUGAAACGACUGUUAUAUUCGUUGUUUUUUUCAUUUCUACAAUUUCAUACACAACAAUAAUGGUUUUUAACCUUUUUAACAAUGUGGCACACUUCAUCUUGUACAGUUUUCAUGGGUAAUCGGUUAAAAAAAAAAAAAUACCGACAGAAAUAAAGAACUGAUUUAACGAGGCGUAUUUCAAGGACGUUCACGACACACCGGUUGAAAACCACUGCUCUAUGAUAUUUAGGUAUGAGUAUCAUAUUUGUGUGCAUCACAGGCAACAAACAAAUACAUUUAUUUGAAAUUCGCCCGAUAAUAUUUCCUGUGCCUCUUUAGUCGUCUCAGGGCGUACAUCGAUUCCGCCGGCUACGUUUAAUAGUAUACACAUCGUCGAAAGAGCAAAAUUCAAUCCACACAUUUGGACGUCAAGAGAAAUAACAUUAGAACGUACUAUUAAUAAUUGCGAGUCUUUCCACUCAAAAUUAAAUACUCAAUUUACAAAAGUUCAUCCCAAUUUUUAUAUUUACACAUGUUUUAAAUACAAAAAUAUAAACUGACAGUUACAUAAUUAUUAAUAGAAUAAAUGUUGAAAAAAUAGUAAAAAUACCUUUUAAUAAUAAUAAAAAAAAAAUAUAUCAAAUGAUUUUAAUGAUAAUAAAGUUUCCAAUUUCACUUAUUUAAAACAUGUGUCCAAAUAUUACUAAAAGUAGGUUAGGUUAAGUUUUUAUUAUAAAUACUGAUUUUUUAACAUUUAUAUAUAUAUAUAAAAAAAUUAUUGACACCAAAAUUAGUUAAACAUUUUUAUUAUAUUACAUUAUUAUUUGUAUUUUACUUGUAUAUAUACUAACGCUAUAAUAUUCGUAUAUAAAAAAAUAUAUAUAUAAAUUACACAAAUUACCUAAUUCUCAUAACUCUCAAAUUGUAUUAGUUAAUUAAGAAUAUUAAUAUAGUUUAGAAUUACGGCUAUUUUCUACAAUUUUUAACAGUAGCGGCGGAAUUGAUAAAAACCUUUUUAAAAAACAGAUAGUCUCGGCGGAAUCGAUAAUUCCCCGUCUAAUAAGCGUAGGAUAUAUCUAAGUACCUACUUAGGUAUAUCGUAGAUUCGGAAAAAAACGAAAACGAAUAUAAUACAAUUUUAUAAAACGUUAAAAAUGAUAUUGAACACAGACAGUCCCAAGUCAGUGAAAACUAGAAGGAAAAAAAAAUUUGUUCAGACCAAACUAUAGUAUUUUACUUACAGAAAGUCGGGGCCCAACUCGAGUGCAACCGUCAGGCCACUCGGUCGCUAAAAAUCCAGCCGUGAAGAAAGUAUGUAAAUAAAUCCAAAAACUCUAUAUCUAAAAUCGUCAUAGUUUUAAAACUAAAUCAUAUUGUUAACAUUUCGAUAGCCAUUGAGAGGGCAUUGGAGGUCGGACGACUUUUUUCCUAAAACUCAAAAGAAAAUAUAUACUUUUGUAGGUACCUAUAUCCAAAAUACCUACCUGUUGUAAGUAAAAUGUACAUUUUAGGCCCUUAUUGAUUAAAAUAAUUAAAACGAUGAAUUCAUUAGUCGUGUAUUUAAACACCUGAUAUACCUAUGCACUACACAGUUCAAAAGUCUCCAUUCAAACGCGGCUUGUGAAAACUGCGAAUCGAAUAAAUAAUAAUGUAUAUAGUUUUCCUGUUCAUCAAACGAGAACUUCACAACCUUUAAUAUUUUAUGUUUUCUUUGAACUAUCUUUACCUAACCGCCCGUAAUGUAAUUAUGUACACAAUACGUACGUAUCUACCUACCUAACGCCAUAAUUUUAUUACAUUGCAUAAUAUUUUUACAGAUGGGCCUCAUAGCCACGACAUAGCCAUAUUGAAAAUUAAUCCGAUAAACGGCAAGGGAGUAAAAUUCGAUACACAUGUACAACCAAUAUGUCUACCGGAGCACAAUACGAAUGGCGUAGACUGGUGUACGGUGACCGGCUGGGGAGCACAAAAACGUACGUAAACCAAUUCGAUAUAAAAUAUAAUGUAUAAGUAAGUAAGUACUUGCAAAACGUUUCCUCCUUUGUAUCUAACAACCAACACGGUGAAAAUCACUAAAAUAUUGUGUCAAUUAUAGGUAAUAUAAUAUUAAUAUACUAUUGGUCUUUAAUUUUUAUUUUUUUUUAUCUAGUUUUUUUAAUUUAAAAUCUCUAUUACUAUCAUUAUUUUAUGGCUCCCUUGUCACUUAAUAUUGAUACACCUAAAGUUUUACAACGUAAAGUUAAAACAAAGUUUGAAGCCUUGAAAGAAAAUAUAUGGACCACUAUAAUUGCAAAAAGUGGAUAUAUCUCGAAAACCAAAUUUUACAGAAGGCACAAAAAACUGUCUAUCCAUGACUGGGAAGGAACUAGGCGAAUGAAUAGAUCACGUUAUUAUCCAACUUUUUAAAAAUUAAUCAUCUCAAUGUUUUCUAAAAGUUAACAUGAACGCACUUUUUUAAAAGGACGCAUAGCCAGUAGCGGAUUUUCAACAUUUUUCUGGGAGGGGUCCUAGAAAAUAUGUAUUUGAAAGGUAUCUCUAUUAAUAGAUGCUUCUUUUUUGGACGACAUUUUUUUGAAAUUAUAUCAGUGUCUGGGGGGAGGGGGUCCAGACCCUCCCGUAAAUCCGCUACUGGACGUAACAUAUCCGCAUAUGCCAUCUCAGUCCAACUAAUGGGCAAUAUAGGAAAAUCGAUCUUACGAAGACUGCGAGUAGAACUCACUUAUUUUUGGUUUUAGAGUAAAAUCACUUGUUAUAAAAGAGAGCAAUAUUCCGGAGAGCAAGACUAUACGUUUGUCAAAUUAUUCUAAUUAUUAUUCCGGAAAUUACGUUCAGAAAUAAAAACUAAUUCAUAGUUUUUAAAAGACUAGAACAUUUCAAAAUAUGAAUUUAAAAAAAAUAAACGCAUCACCUUGCCCUCUUUUAAUUUGAUAAUAGGUGUUUUUACUCAAAAACUAAAAUUAAGAGAGUUCUACGCAAUCUGCGUAAGGUAGAUUUUGCUAUACUGCCUUUUUAGUUGGACCAUUGGUUAUAGAAUAGACCAGUGAUUUUUAAACUUAUUUUACUCAUGGAACCUUUUCAGGAACUUGAAUAUUUUUUGGAACCCUCAUUUUUUUUUCAUAACCACAUAACGCAGACAUAUUUUUUUGGAUACUCAAAUGAGUGAGCAAUCCGAGAAUUCCGGUAAAAAAGUGUGUCGUUAUUAAAAAAAUAAUAACAGCAAGGACGAUUUUUAAAGUUUUACUUUGGUAAUAUCUAUACAUUAUAAUAUUAUUAAUGCAUAUUGUAUUAAAGCUUAGAAAGUAAUAUUAGUCUUUCAUCAACACAAAGAUAGAUUUAAUGAGAAGAUUAGAUCUUUCCAUAGUUUUCUUCAUUAUUGUAAUCAAAUCCGGAGAUAUUCCUGAAAAUUGGAUUUAUAAGUCCGGAGCAACAUUAAAUUGAUUUCGAAACUUAUUCUUUAUUUUUUUUUUGUCAAUAAUGACAAUAAAACGGUAACAAUCUAUUACGGACAAUUGUUAAUUUGUUGAAAUCACUUUCCAUAGCAUUCCAGAACUCCUCUUUAAUUUUAAUCAUAACAAAGAAUUAAUUCCAAAAUUUUGUUUACCUACUAAUUUAUUCUUUCUCAAAUGCCCUGCAGCACCCUUGGUGCUGGUUCGCGGAACCUUUAGGUUCCAUGGAACACUAGUUGGGAAACAUUGGAAUAGACUAUUGGACUGAGACAACGCAUAAGGGUAUAGCGUCCUCUUAAAUUGUUAGACAUGUUUCCCUUUUUGCAUUUAAAACAAAGAUAGUAAUAAAAAUGUUUUUUUUUUUUUUACAAUGAAAAAUCUUUUAUUCUUUUAAUCAAUUUGGAAAUGCAAUUAUAUAAUUAGGUAUUUAUUUAACAUUAAAGUUUAUUAAAGUUGCCAGCGAAUUGGCCACCUCGUAAAUUGUUCUCCAGAAUCAAGAAAUAGAAUCUUUUGAAAUGUAGGGCUUCAGACGUUUUAAAUCAUUUAUUUUUAAUUCAUUAUGGUAAUCUUUUUUGUGUAUUGCUGCUUCUUGGGAAGUUUGAUUAGCGAAAUAUAUAUAAAUAAUUCACGAAUAUUUUAAAAUCAACCAGAUUGAAUAAUAUUUUUUACAACACGAACUUGGAAAGUCAGAAAUAGAUUGACUCAAAUAAGAUCAAUAAAUAACAAGAUGAAAAACUGUUGGCUGAUAAUGAUACGAUUUAUACAAAAACCACGCUGUCUCAGUAAUUUAUUGAGAUAACCUUGUUUUCAUAACGGUUAGAUUGAUUAUAUAAAAAAAAAAGUCCCAUUUCUACACAAAAAAUGUAUUAAGGUGAAUAAACACAAAUCCGGUGAUAGCUCAAUUUCUGAAAUUAGUGAUUCAUUAUUAUACAUAAUUAUAUAAAACAAUAUACUUUAUAAUACUAAUAAUAAAUGUUAUUAAUAUAACAAAUUUACGUGUAAACUGCACUAUAGUAUUACGGGGAAAAUAUGCUUUCGGACGGGGGUGUACGACGAUUUAUGAUCUGUUUAACAAUACUUAAAUUUUCGACUGUAAAACGGUUAAAAUUAAUCUUAUUCAUACAGUUUUUAAAACAAAAAUUAAUACGAAGUACCAGCGAUAAGUAAAUGUAGUAGCAGCCUGACGACCAUUGAGUAGUCGUCCACAGAUAUUUGUACCUGAGGACUGACAGGGUCUAUUAUUAAGUGUAAUCUGAAGUUAUAACGUGUUAAAUAACAAUAAAUGAAUAGAAAUUAUUCCAGUAAUAAAAGAAAAAAAUCGCCUACUGAUUAGUUAUUAACUUCAAUAAUAAUGUGGUAGUAAAAUGUGGGGAAUUUUAUUGUAUUGCAUUGUAUUUUUGGGGCUGAGAGGGGAGCACGAGUAUGUUUGCCCCCUAAAAAUUAAGUUCCAAGAAGUGACGAUUCCCCUGGCGUGGUCUUAAAAAAAACAAAUAAUUAAUAAUUAUAAUUAAUCAGGAAUCACCUUUAUUGAAAACUAUAUUAGUAUUUACGAUAUUAUUUGUUUUUGCUCCUACUCCCGUGUAGAAGAUGACAUGACUAGUUUACCCAAAGUGCUACAGGCAGCGUCCGUUCCACUGCUCGAUCUGGAAACGUGUCGCCACGACGACGUGUAUGGAGGCCGACACCAGUUCAUAUUGGACAGUAUGCUGUGCGCAGGAAGUUUAGAAGGAGGAGUGGACGCUUGCGGAGGCGAUUCAGGAGGACCGCUGGCUUGUCAAGUUAAUGGUAUAAUAAUCCUAGUAAAUUAAUAUAGUGAGACAAUUAUUAUGGAAAGCUAUUAUAGAUGUAACUCAAAGCGAUAGAAAGAAAUAGCCUGCAAAAAAUAAGCCUAGUACCUCCUACACAUAGUUCUUGUAUAAGGAAUAGUACUAACUAUUUGCUCAUAUGUACCUUAAAUAUAAUUUAGAAUAAUUAACUUGUACAAGAAAUGUAAUCCUAAUAUGUAUAUAUAUAUAUACUCGGAACACAGUCAAAUAGAAGUCACCCCCCAUUAUCUUUACCUUCACUAAACAUGUAUCCUCCGCCUAUACUGCCCUCUUAAGUAAAAACGCCAUAAGUCCAAACAAAUUGAAAAUGAAUUAAAUACAUAAAGAAAAACGUUUUAGGCCAAUAUGCCUAAAAUAUUAUUCUAUAAAAUGACUAUUAGCAAUAUUGAUUUUAAAAAAAUGUCGUAAAUAAUUGAAAAAUUAAUUUUUAUUAGGGAAAAACACUGUAUAAUAACUAUACUAAACGAAAACGCCCUGUAUAUUAAUGAAGAUACAGCAUUUUUGCUUAGUAUAUAAUAAAAAUAAUAAUUUGCAGCGUUUAUACUUAGCACAGAUUGUAGUUUUACUUAUCGUAAUAUUGUAAUUAAUAAAUAUUCAAAAUAUAAUAAAAGUUAAUAUAAAAACCUUACGAAUGAUACAAUAUCAGUUAUUUGUUAGUUAUUUAUACGAUUAUCCAUGGAUUCUAUUCACGAGUCUAUUCAGUACAGUUCUAUAUACCAAUACCAAGGAUCAAUGUAUAAAUUUAAGUGAGUACUUCAGAAUUUAUUUAUUUUCAUUCCAUUGCAUUUAUCAGGUAAAAUACCAUAUGCAAAUCCAUAUCAUAUUUUGAUAAGUAAAAUGUAAGAGGCAUUAUUAAUUUUAGAAAAUUCAAAAUAUAAAAAUCAGUUUUUCUCAAAAACGUUGUCUUAUGACUUGUGUCAGUUUUACUUAUGAUGGCAGUAUAUGUGCUUAUUCGAGGUCUAUUUGCAUAUUUAUGUGAUGUAUUAAGUAUAUAUUGAGACUCUUAUGUUCCCUGUUAAAAAUUGCUUGCAUAAUUUAAUUUGUCUUUAGGAAGGUUUAUACUGACGGGUGUCGUGUCAUGGGGCGAUGGAUGCGGUAAAAAAAAUAGACCAGGCGUUUAUACCAGAGUUUAUUAUUAUACAGAGUGGUUAAAAAAAGCCAUGAUAGAACUCGAGAAGAUCAAUUGA